AUGGAGAAUGAUGGGAUGGUUACCGACAGCAAUGUCAAGAAAGAAGCCUCGGCUUGCGAUGAGACCCACAAGGAUUCGACCCAUAACCUGAGGCUUCGCGCAGUGAACCCGGUAGAUGUCAGAGUGAGCGACCUUUCCCUUGAGCUUGACAAAGCUUUCCCACUAUGGAAGGUUUCACCGUUAGAACUCUGGCGCCGCGUUUGUGGGCAAUCCAAAAGAGCGUCGAAGAAGGUGUUGGAUGGUGUCAGUGCAGAGAUGUCAUGCGGGAGCUUGACAGCGAUCAUUGGUAGCAGUGGCUCGGGGAAAACUUCCCUGCUCAAUCUCAUGGCCAGUCGCAUGUCUCUUUCUAGGGCCAAAGUGUUUGGAUCGACUACUUUUAAUGGCAACCCCAACAUUGACAGUAUUCGCAGCGCCUACGUUAUGCAAGAUGAUGUCCUUAUCCCAACAUUAACCGUGCGCGAAACCUUGCAGUACUCAGCUGACCUUCGCCUGCCACCGCCAACAACCCGGGCCGAAAGACAUGCUAUCGUGGAGCAGGUCAUUCUAGAGCUCGGACUCAAGGAGUGUGCUGAUACAAGGAUCGGAACAAAUACACGCAAAGGCUGUAGCGGUGGAGAAAAGCGACGCACAAGUAUCGGGGUCCAGUUGUUGGCUAAUCCAUCCGUCUUAUUUUGUGACGAGCCAACCACCGGCUUGGAUGCGACCAGCGCAUUUCAGAUCAUGCGUACCUUGAAACGACUCGCGCAGGAUGGUCGAACCGUCGUCGUCUCCAUCCACGCGCCGCGUUCUGAGAUCUGGAGCCUUUUCGAUAACGUGGUUCUCUUGGCACAAGGAUCUGCUCUAUACACUGGUUCUGCGAGCAAUUCACUAGCCCACUUCGAACACCAUGGUCAUAUGAUUCCAUCUUUUGUGAACCCCGCCGAAUUUUUGAUCGACUUGGCCGCAAUCGAUAACCGGACCGAAGCUUCAGAGGCUGCAUCGCACAUUCGCGUUGACCACCUUCGGGAAUCAUGGCGGACGCAGUCAGAGAAAAACAUCUUCAAGGAAAGAGAAACGCAGGGAGUUGUGUUGCCAGUUCGUAAAGAUACGGGAACAAUGAGGAAGGUGCAGUUUUUGCAACAACUACGCGUUCUCACCUCCCGCACCUUCGUCACCACCAUUCGAGACCCACUUGGUGUUUUUGGUAGCUUAAUUGAAGCCAUUGGUAUGGGUGUUGUUAACGGUUGGAUCUUCCUGCAACUCGAUGAGAGUUUGGCUGGCAUUCGGUCGCGAGAAGGCAGUCUUUAUACGGCUAGUAGCCUAAAUGGCUAUCUCAUACUGCUUUAUGAGACGUAUCGAAUGACAAUCGAUAUUCGAUUAUUUGAUCGUGAACGCAACGAAGGUGUGGUCAGUGUCCCAGCGUUCCUGCUCAGUCGACGCCUUGCUCGACUCCCCCUUGAGGAUCUACCAGUACCACUGGUGUUCUCCAUCAUCUUUUAUUUCAUGGUCGGAUAUCGUCUUGAGACAAGCCAAUUCUUCAUUUUCUUUCUCCUCACCUUGUUAACACAUUACUUGGCCAUCACCUUUGCUGCGGUUGCCGUUGGGGUGGCAAGAAAUUUCUCCGGCGCCACCCUGUUCGCGAAUUUGUCUUAUACUGUGCAAUCGUUUGCCUGCGGAUACUUUGUCCAAUCGAAUCAGAUACCGGUGUAUGUGAGAUGGCUCAAAUGGUGUGCAUACACAUUCUACAUAUUCGGAGCACAAUGUGCAAACGAGUUUAUCGGACUCGACGGCCCAGAGCUAGGCCGGUUUUAUGACUGCCCAUAUUCGGAUGACCCGCUUGACCCGGCUUGCAAAGAGUACACCGGACUUUAUGUCAUGAACAGUUUGGGAAUGCCAUCUAACUGGCUAUGGCGACCAAUAGUGGUACUGGUGGCGUUUGUGGUGGCUCAUUUCUUGCUGGCUGGCUUAUUGCUACAGUAUAAUCGUUUCGCGAUUGACAUUGCUCAAGCCCGCAAGGCAGAUGGAGACCCCUCCACCGAGAAAGCAAAACUAGCAAUUCGCCCCAAUGAGGAAUCCCGCAGACUGGCUAUUUCACUAGAUCGAUAUGCCUUGGAAAUCCGAAAGCGUAUGAAUCCUUGGCAAAAGACCCAAUCCUUACACAUCUUGAAGCCUAUCACUGCCGAGUUUCAUUCGGGGGAGUUAAAUGUCAUCAUGGGACCAUCGGGAAGUGGCAAGACAUCUUUACUGAAUUCAAUUGCGGGUCGAUUGAAGGACUCAGUAGGAACACAAUACCACGUUUAUGGCCAAUUGCUAUACAACGGGGCUGUACCAUCGGAGACUGUUAUUCGUUCGGUGACCUCGUUCGUCACACAAGAUGACGAUGCGCUGAUGCCAUCUCUGACCGUUAGAGAGAGUUUGCGAUUUGCAGCAGGGCUGCGAUUGCCAAUCUGGAUGUCACGACAGGAAAAGAACCGUCGAGCGGAAGAAAUUAUGUUCAAGAUGGGUCUCAAAGAAUGCGCUGACAACUUAAUCGGAGGUGAACUCAUCAAGGGUAUUAGUGGAGGAGAGAAACGGCGUGUUACGAUCGCUAUCCAGAUUCUUACAAAUCCCAAGGUGCUGCUUCUGGAUGAACCAACAUCAGGUCUGGAUGCAUUCACGGCCAUGUCCAUUAUAGAAGUUCUCUCUGGUCUCGCAGCUGAAGGCCGGACCCUGAUUAUGACAAUCCAUCAGUCACGCUCUGAUCUGGUUCGUCAUUUCUCUCAGAUUUUGCUCCUAGCACGAGGCGGGUACCCAGUGUAUUCAGGGCCGGGGCAACGUAUGCUUCCAUACUUUUCAGGGCUCGGCUACGACUGUCCACGGACCACCAACCCGGCAGACUUUGUAUUGGAUAUUAUCACCGUGGAUCUUCAAGAAGCAGACCGGGAGGCCAUUACUCGUGAACGAGUUCAGAAUCUGAUCUCUUGCUGGUCUGAUGCGGCUCUGUCGCUCGAGUUCCCCUCUCAGAUUGCAACACCAGCUGAGCUUGGUAGCUUUCGCCGUCAGAUGCUUCCAUUUCGGAUCACAUUUCCAUUGGUCCUGUAUCGGUCAUUUAUCAAUUUCCGGCGCCAACCCCCUCUAAUAAUGGCCCGGUCAAUGCAAAUUUUGGGGAUUGCUAUUGUGAUCGCCUUGUUCUUUGCGCCACUUAAGAACGACUACGCCGCGGUACAGUCGCGUAUGGGAUUUGUGCAGGAGUUUGCUGCUCUGUACUUUGUUGGUAUGCUCCAAAACAUCGCAGUCUACCCAAACGAACGCGACGUCUUUUACCGGGAGGAAUCGGAUAACUGCUACUCAGCAGAGACAUUUAUUUUAUCCUACACAACCCUUGAGGUACCCUUCGAGAUCGCGUCCGCACUCAUCUUCGGCGCCCUUGUCGCAUAUGCAGAUAACAUGACGCGCACGGUGACCAUGUUUCUCAUCGGGGCCUUCAACUGUUUCUGUAUCAUCAGCUGUGGUGAGUCUGUUGGGAUCAUGUUUUGUACCUUGUUCUCUCACGUCGGCUUCGCUGUGAACGUGACAUCUACCUUAUUAUCGCUCUCAUGUACCCUUGGAGGCGUCAUGAGUUUGAAUAUUGACAAGGCACUGGAAGGUUUAAACUAUCUCUCCCCAGUCAAAUACUGCAUCGCAAAUCUGGCAGCCUAUUCCCUUCACGAGCAACACUUUGACUGCUCAGCGACCGAGAGACUUGUGGACGGUAGCUGCCCCCUCAGUACAGGGGAGGAGGUACUGAAGCUCUACAAUCUUGACAAAAAUGGUCCAAUGAAUGUGAUGGCGCUAGGAGUUUGCACCAUAGUUUACCGAUUUGUGGCGUAUGGAUUGGUGAAGGCAAUGCGAUCCCAUCGCAUGAUGGCGCGGUGGCGCGAGUGGCGCCUUUCUCGAAAGAAAGUUCCCCAGUUGGAUUAG